AUGAAAUCUGUCUUUGCCACUAUCGCCUUUCUUUCCGUUAUUCCAACAGGAUCUAUUGCUCAAGCUUUAAAUUCUACUAUCAGCUCUAAUUCCCUUCCAAAUGCCGAUUAUAAGCCUUUCCACUUAGAAUUUGAUCAAGAUUCUAUUGCUUCUUUACAAAAAUCUUUAAAUGUAACAAACUCAGUUCUAAACGGCCCUUUGCCAUUAAGAACUAUUCCAACAGAAGAUGAUAAGAGUGUCAAAUUCAUCAUUGAUUUAUUCAAUAAAACUGCUUCCACAAGCCCAUCUAUUUUCAAAUUAUCUUCAGAUGGUGCAUUACUAACAGAACAAGAAGAAGGGGUCUUACUAUCCGACGUGAGUAAUAUUACUUCAUUUGAAGAAACUUUGAAGGGAUUUAAUAUCACCCAAGAUGGUAUUUUAAGUUUUAACGGUUCAAAUUUUUGGACUAUCGUUUCAAAUUUACCUGAUUUCACCAUUGCCCCUGUUACUGAUGGUACUAUUAUUGAUACGCAAAUGUUCUCUUUGAAGGCAGUUUUGGAUGAAGAGAAGUUGGAGAAAAGGGAAGAAAAAAUAUCCUUUGAGGAUAUCGUUAAUUGGAAUAAUACAUUAUUAACUGAUAGGAAUAAGACAUCAAACGGGAUAAAUAAUGAUAAAUUCCAAUAUAGAAGAGAAGAUAAUGUUACUAAUGAACAUGUCUUAUUCGGUCACGUUAAGAAAGAUUCAAAUGUUGUUCAAAUCUGUGAUGGGCAAGUUCAAGCGGGUAACUCUUCUAAUGUUAUGCCAAAUGCAUCAUCUGUUUCGAUAAUGGUGUCUGAUUCUGCAGCCAUGCAAAAGGGCGUCUCCUUAUUUACCGUCUUUAGUUUGUUGAUGUUUGCAUUUAUUUAA